GACCUCACAGUCCUGCAUCACGUGACUUCGCGCAAGCUCAUGUCACGUGACCGUACAGACCUGUGGCUCGUGUCGCUGAUGGACGUGUCCCGGUUCUGAUCCUCCGGUACCGGCCUGCACCGACCACCGCCGAUCAGUAUGCAGGCUGGUGUCCGGUCGGUAUCAUGUCGGUGACUCUCAGAUACUUCUGUUAUGGCUGCAUCCUCUCCUCCAUCACCUGGUCCCUCCUUCUGAUCCUCUACUUCCACCUGGGCUCCUCCCACAGCCGUGCCUCUCAGCCAAUCAGUGGCAUCCUGGACCGAAGGGGGGCGGGCCGACGGGCUGCACCGGCCAAUCAGGACACAGAGCUGUCUCCAGAGAUGGGGAUGAUCUUUAAUGAGCGUGACCAGGAGGUGAGGGACAACGGAUAUCAUCGCCACGCCUUUAACGUCCUCAUCUCCAACAGACUGGGCUCACACCGACACAUCCCCGACACCAGGGGGCCACAGUGCGCUCUUCAGUCCUUCCCUCCCUCUUUACCUGUGGCCUCUGUGGUCAUCUGUUUCUUUAACGAGGCGCUGUCGGCUCUUCUCCGAACAGUCCACAGUGUCCUGGACCGUACCCCCCCCCUCCUCCUGCACGAGGUCAUCCUGGUGGACGAUCACAGCGAGCUAGAGGACUUAAAGGGCCCCCUGGAGCAACACAUCUCCUCUGAGCUUAGAGACAAAGUGAAGCUGGUGAGAAACGAGAAGCGAGAGGGACUGAUCCGAGGACGCAUGAUCGGAGCUCGCCACGCCACAGGUGAGGUUCUGGUGUUCCUGGACUCUCAUUGUGAGGUGAAUGUCUUCUGGCUGGAACCGCUCUUGUCUCUGGUGGCUUCGGACCGCCGGACCGUGGUGUGUCCGGUCAUCGACAUCAUCUCUGCGGAUACACUGACCUACAGCCCCUCUCCCAUCGUGAGGGGGGGCUUCAACUGGGGCCUUCACUUCAGAUGGGACCCAGUACCUCCGAGCGAGCUGGGGGGGGUGCAGGGGGGCACAAAACCCAUCAGGUCUCCAACAAUGGCUGGCGGUCUGUUUGCGAUGGACCGCAGUUACUUUAAUGAGCUUGGACAGUAUGAUCCAGGGAUGGAUAUCUGGGGAGGAGAGAACCUAGAGCUGUCCUUCAGGAUCUGGAUGUGUGGAGGGCAGCUGCUAAUCGCUCCCUGCUCCAGAGUUGGACACAUCUUCAGGAAGAGACGUCCGUAUGGAUCACCAGGAGGAACAGACACUAUGGCCCACAACUCACUGAGGCUAGCACAUGUGUGGAUGGACGAGUACAAGGAUCAGUACCUGUCGCUGCGCCCAGACCUGAUUGGCCGUUCCUUUGGCGACGUGAGUGAGCGUGUGGCCCUCAGACGCAGACUCCAGUGUCACUCGUUUAAGUGGUACCUCCAAAACGUUUACCCUGAAAUGAGCUCCUCAGGCCAGAAGAAUCCCCCAGGCCUGCUCCAACGGGCCCUCAAGAGACCCACUGUGCUGCAGAGAGGACGGUUGAGGAACCUUGGUUCUGGUCGGUGUCUUGUGGCUCAGGGUCGACCCACUCAGAAAGGAGGAGCUGUGGUCCUCAGGCCAUGUGACCCCCAGGACCCAGAGCAGGAGUGGGCUCUGGAUGAGGAGGGGCAGCUGGUUCUGGCCGGUCUGCUCUGUCUGGAUGUGUCUGAAGUCCGGACUUCGGACCCACCCAGACUCAUGAAGUGCCACGGCUCAGGAGGAUCCCAACAGUGGACCAUCGGGAAGUCCAGCCGUCUGUACCAGGUCUCAGUGGGGCAGUGUCUCUCGGUGUCGGCACCACUCGGACCCAAAGGAUAUGUUUCCAUGGCGAUCUGUGACCAAUCAGAGGCUCAGCAAUGGCGUCUGGAAGCGUGAUCACAAA